AUGACAUACUGCCCUAAUGGCAUAGACAUUUACUUUGAGAAUGUUGGUGGCAAGAUGCUAGAGGCCGUUCUCAAUCAUGUCAACAAACAUGCUCGCAUUCCCCUCUGCGGUAUGAUAUCUGAUUACAAUACGCCAUGGACAGAGAGGGAAGGGGUGAGGAACCUACUAAACAUGGUGGGUAAAGAAGUGAUGAUGAAAGGGUUUUUGGUCCCUUCAUACUUGAACCGGUUUGGGGACUUUGUGAAGGAGAUGGAAGGCUACUUCAAACAAGGAAAGAUUAACUCCAAGCACAAGGUUUAUAAUGGGAUAGAGAGCUUCCAGGAGUGCUUUGCCUCCCUCUUCACUAGCUCCAAUGUUGGAAAAGUUGUCAUCCAAGUCAAGCCAUAA